CCCCCCAUCGUCAAAAUAAUUUCCCCCGUUGCGCUCCCACAGUGAUUCACAUUUCCCCAUUUUAUAUAACAGACUUUUCAUCUAUUUUCGUGUCGAGGCCUUCGCAGAAACAAAAGGCGCCUAUCUUAUGCUUGAGAUUCUACGGAGGUACCACUUGUUCAAUAUGGCUGGGCGUCCUUCAGGUGGCUCAAGCAAUCCAGGUUUAAAACAGAUAGAUCUCGACCAAAUCUGGGGUGAUUUGAAAGAUGGCAUACAAGAAGUCUAUAACCGUCAAGACAUGCCCAAGCAUCGUUACAUGGCACUUUAUACACAUGUGUAUAACUACUGCACGAGUGUUCAUCAAAAUGCUAACCGCUCUUAUAACAAUAAACCCAAAACAAAGUCAGGAGUGGGAUCAGGAGGAGCUCAAUUGGUGGGUCUUGAACUUUACUUAAAACUGAAAGGAUUUUUGAAGCAGUAUCUUGUCAGUCUCUUGAAGAGUGGUGAAGAUUUGAUGGAUGAAGAUGUUUUGCAGUUUUACACCAAACAGUGGGAGGAGUAUCAAUUUAGUUCAAGAGUUUUGAAUGGAGUAUGCGCAUAUCUAAAUAGGCACUGGGUGCGACGGGAGUGUGAGGAAGGUGGAAAAGGAAUUUACGAAAUUUAUCAAUUGGCACUUGUGACAUGGCGGGACAAUUUAUUUAAGCAAUUGAACAAACAGGUUACAAAUGCAGUAUUGAAGCUUAUUGAAAGGGAGCGCAAUGGAGAAACAAUUAACACAAGACUUGUCAGUGGUGUGAUAAAUUGUUAUGUUGAACUUGGUCUGCAUGAAAAUGAACCAGGAGCUAAAGGCCCCAAUCUGUCUGUGUACAAGGACUCGUUUGAAAAUGUUUUCUUAGAAGACACAGAGCGAUACUACACUAGAGAAAGCACAGACUUUUUACAACAGAACCCUGUGACUGAGUAUAUGAAAAAGGCAGAGCAGAGGCUAUUGGAAGAGCAGAAGAGAGUUCGAGUGUAUCUUCAUGCUACAACCCAUGACAGGCUUUCUAAAACAUGUGAAAGAGUACUUAUUGAGAGACAUUUAGAAAUCUUCCACCAGGAGUUCCAAACUUUGCUCGAUUCUGAUAAAGAAAACGAUCUAGGACGAAUGUUCAACUUGGUUGCUAGAAUUCCUGAUGGCUUGGGUGAAUUACGUCAUUUACUUGAAGCACACAUAGCUCAUCAAGGCCUCUCAGCUAUCGACACUUGCGGUGAUGCGGAAGGGAAUGACCCUAAGAUCUAUGUCAACACUAUUCUCGAAGUUCACAAGAAAUACAAUGCCUUGGUUCUGACUGCUUUCAACAAUGAGGCUGGAUUUGUUGCUGCAUUGGAUAAAGCAUGUGGCAGAUUUAUUAAUAACAAUGCUGUUACCAAAUGUGCCAACACAUCAAGUAAAAGUCCUGAGCUCCUUGCUAAGUACUGUGACCUUUUGCUCAAAAAGUCAAGCAAAAAUCCAGAAGACGCUGAGCUAGAAGAUACUUUGAACCAAGUGAUGGUAGUUUUCAAGUACAUUGAAGACAAAGAUGUAUUCCAGAAGUUUUACAGCAAAAUGUUGGCUAAGAGAUUGGUCCAACAUAUGUCUGCUAGUGAUGAUGCUGAAGCAUCAAUGAUCUCAAAAUUGAAACAAGCUUGUGGCUUUGAAUAUACCUCAAAAUUGCAAAGAAUGUUCCAGGAUGUUGGAGUUUCGAAGGACCUCAAUGAGUCUUUCAGGCGCCAUCUGAACAAAUCUAACGAGCCCCUGGAUAUUGACUUUAGCAUUCAAGUCUUGUCAUCUGGGUCAUGGCCUUUCCAGCAAUCCACCAGUUUUUCUCUUCCGUCUGAACUUGAAAGGAGUAUUCACAGAUUCUCGAGUUUUUAUGGUAAUCAGCACAGUGGACGCAAACUCAACUGGCUUUACAACAUGUCUAAAGGAGAACUAGUAGCCAAUUGCUUUAAAAACAGGUAUACUCUGCAGGCAUCUACAUUCCAGAUGGCUGUGCUUCUGCAGUACAAUUCAGGCUUAUCAUGGACACUGCAACAGCUGCAGGAAUUAACACAAUUGAAGGCCGAGUUCACUCUGCAAGUUGUCCAAAUUUUGCUUAAAGCCAAGUUAUUGCUGUCAGCUGAUGAUGAGACCAACCUUCAACCAGGCUCAGCUAUUGAACUUAAUACUGGUUACAAAAACAAAAAACUUAAGGUUAACAUUAAUGUACCUAUGAAAGCUGAGCUGAAGGUGGAACUGGAAACCACCCACAAACACAUUGAAGAAGACCGCAAGCUUCUCAUACAGGCUGCAAUUGUUCGAAUAAUGAAAAUGCGGAAGAUGUUAAAGCACCAGCAGCUUGUGGCAGAAGUCUUAAAUCAGUUGUCAACACGGUUUAAGCCACGAGUCCAUGUUAUUAAGAAAUGCAUCGACAUUUUAAUAGAAAAGGAAUAUCUGGAGCGUACUGAAGGACAAAAGGACACAUACAGCUACUUAGCAUAAGUUUACUAAGUUUUUCUCGUGUGGGCCUGCUGAAUGAACCGUGGCUGUUACAACCCAGCUGCGUGUGAUUCAACCUCUGAAUAUUUUAGUGUGUGUAGUCUUUCAAUAUCUCUGACACACAGUGCAGUAUUUGGAGGACAAAUGACUAUUCCUGUGUUUUGUGAUUUCUCUCUAUUUGAAAAGAUAAAAAGAAUACAUACGUUUAUAUUCAAAUGUGUGUCUGAGUUCAGCCAUCCACAUCUGAAGUGAUUGAUAUGUUAGUGGAAGUUUAGUCAACUUUGUUUGCUGUUCAUGAGAGUACAGUUCUCACUCUGUCGACCCAUUUGUAAAUAUUAGUGCAUAACUUUGUUUUAAGCUAGAAAAUUAAUUGUUGAUUUACUAUAUUAUGUUACUUUGUUUACUCUGAGAAUAUUUAGAUGUAUUUCUUGAAAUUUUAGGCUGUAUUUUGUGUAGUACUUUUUAGUAGAAAUUUAUUCUGAAUUCAAGUUAACCCGGUUCUCUUUGCAAAUCAUCGUUCUGUCAUCAGUGUUUUAAAUGAUUUAUUCACCACUCUGUGGUGAAGUACUUGAUUUCAUGCUGGUUGUGAUGGAUCAUCGAUGUUCAGAACUCUGUCUUUGUUUAUUUCUGUUGAUUUGUGAUUAAAUUUUUCAUUUAAGUUGCCGUGAGCAAAAAAAAGAAAAUCUACGUUUUUGUAAAAUCUUGUGUAUUUGUUAUGCUGAGCAAAGUUCUCAAGUUCUAGUGAUAACACUUUGUUCUUUUUACUAUUAAGUUGUGGGUGAGUGAGGAAGGCAACAUUUUGCCAACUUGUGUUGUAGACUCUCAACAUUAAUAUUAACCUUUACCAUGCACAAUGCUUCCUCUGACUUAAUGCUGGUUGUAUAUAUUUGCUAUUCAUUUUGGAAAUUUUCUAGUUUUCUUUUAAAAAAAAAAUAAACAAACAUUGAGGCCUAUCUAUCAUCUAUCACUUUGUCAUAUUUGCCCCUUGAGCCAUCAUAUCUGUCUUAACAGCCCACAAAAUCUGCCAUUUUCCAAUAUUUGUCUCAAGCUGAAUUUGGUUUUAAUUACUGGUCAAGGACAUAUAGGCACUCCUAAUAGAUAAACCUCUGCUGUAACAUUUCAUUCUAAUAAUAACUGUUGGUGCAUGUAAAUGUCUUUGUGAAAUCUUUAAUAAGGAUGCGUCCAUGUUAGUUUCAUAGGUGUAAAGUGUUUCCCAUUUCGCAAAGACUGUAUGACAACCAGUGAGUUGUUUUGUUUGUGACUAAGUGAGGGAGAGAGUUUGUGAGUUUCAUUGGAUUCCUUCAUGCAGACAUGUUUUGACUGCCAAGUUAAGAGAUAGGCACCAGACUUUUUGAGUGGUGAACCAUUUGAAGAAAAUCUCAAUACAACUAAAAUUCCUGUAUGCUCAAAGACCACUGUUUGUGUGGGUUGAGUGUAUUUCCUUAUGUUUAUUUGGUCACAGGGAUAAUUGAUAAUAAAAAUACAGCAAUUAUUGAAUGUGA